AUGGAACAAAACUAUACUCAGCAAGAGUUGCUGGAACACAUUCGGCAACUCACUAACGCGCAAAACGAACUCGUCAGGGAAAUGAAUAGCCUGAAAGCGAGGUCAAGCGAGUCUAUUAUAAAUUUUAGAACGCCGGACAGCAUCCGCUACCUACCCACCUACGAAGGAAAAAAAACACGAAACCCGCGCGUGGAGAGUGCGCUCCAACUCUUUGACGAGUAUAAGAAUAGUGCAAUUUAUGACCAAAUAGUUAGGGCAGUGAAAAACAAAAUAACCGGGGAAGCUAGAGAAGCAAUAAUUGCCGCCGGGAAUGUUAGCACGUGGCCCGAGAUAAAGGGAGUAUUGCAAAACAUCUUCGACGAUAAAAGGGAUUUAGCUUUCCAUUUACAAACCCUUUUCUACGAAAAGCAGGGAAACAAGACCCUGCUAGAAUAUUAUAAUAACUUAAAAAGUGUUUCAUCUAAGGUAAGGGCAAUCACCGCAGUGACCGAAGAAUAUAAAAAUUCUAUUGAAGGGGUCCAUCAUUUGAUUGGAGUUAUCACACUCACACGCUUCAUCGAUGGCCUUGAGGGAUCGCUAUCCUCGUACGUUAGGUGUAGCAAACCGAAAAAUAUAGACGAAGCGUAUUCAAUAUCCGCAGAAUAUACGAACGCUGCAUACCGAAAAAAGUUAGAACGCAUACCGAUACAGGAUCGAAAACAAAAGCCGGAUACAUACGAAUUACCGUCAACGUCGUACGAAUCGCGGUCUACACCGCGAGUCGCCGGUCCAAUGGAGAACACUCAAGAAGCACAUAGUGACACGGGGUCAGAUGGAAGCGCGAGCGCAGCGUCGCCAUCGCGCGCAAAACCAUCAAUCGUUGAUCGCGAAUUGGAGCUGGCGCGGAAACGCUUCGCGCUUGAGCGACGGGCGUUCGAGAUCGAUAUCUCGAAACGGGUGCUGGGGCUCGAGGAGCUCGCCAUCGGAAUCGAAAGAGGUUCGAUCCAAGGCGUGCCGGCCAAAUUUACUGCUCCGAUUGAUCAGCAGCCCGAAUACGCGAUGGCGUACUCGUCGAGCCUGUACACUGCUCCGAGUGCGCGACCUGCCGGAACCGCGGUACCACAGGAUCACUCCUGA